AUGUCGACUCUCGCCAGCACAAACGACCAUGAUCGAAAAAGGUUGAAAAGAUGGUUUUUCAAAACAGUGUCGAGCGGCAAUAUCGCCCAGUUGAACGACCUACUUGCCUAUAAAGACAAUGGCAGCAUCCGAGAGAUAAUAAAUGAAAAAGACGAAGAUGGCAAUACAGCUUUAAUCUAUGCCGCCUGUUUUGGAAAAUUGGAAAUUGCACAAGCUCUAUUAAUGGCAGGAGCUCAUAUUGAUAGCCAAGAUCCUCGUGGCUGGACAGCCUUAAUGUGGGCAACGACCAAUCAUCAUGAAAGCAUGGUUCAAUUGUUAAUGGAUCAUGGAGCUUCUGCACAAACACGAUCUGCCAAAGGCAGAACGGUAUUGGAUUUCGUCAAAAGUAGCAGCUGUCAAACCAAGGAUUACUCACCUUCUUCUGCCGCCGUCAUGGCCGAUAUCAUUCUCAACAGUAAUAGCAGUAGUAACAACCGAGAUAGUAUGUCGUCCACAAGUACAAGGAGCAGUGAGAGCAGCCAUCGAAAUAGCAUCUAUCACUUGAAUUAUCUAUUCAAUUUGGAAAGUACAAAUACAGCAGACAGACAAAAGCUCAUCGAAGAGUACCUACUCGGCCAUUAUCAUGGCAAACAAGACAACGACGGUGCUACUCCUGGUGAGGACGACGACAACGACGACGACGACGACAACGACGACGAUGAUGAUGAUGAUGUGGAGAAUUUUAAUCCUAUUGUUGAAUUUAAUUGGGAUAAAUGCAUGCCAGAUCAAAUGUUUGUAUUUGCCGUCAAAGAUUUAUCCUAUAUACUGGAUACAGUCAUUUCUCGACUCGAGUUACCUGUACGCAAUGCACAAGAAGUCUUUCUACCGGCCAAUGUCGUCUUUCUCAGUGCUCGUUUUGCUCAUUACUUUUCGAGCUCGGAUGUGUUGGAAGAUUUGAUGGAAGGCACCUGUCUCCGUAUUGGAGCGAGCAUCAACACCAACACGGACAAUAUUCACAUCUUGGCCUACUGGCUCACCAACCUCACACGACUGUUGUAUUACCUCAAAAAGGACCUUGGCUUGGUCGUCGCUACAGCCGAGUACCAGCUUCGACUCUCAGAGCUCAUUUCUGAAACGUAUACCUACAUUGUGCAAGAUACCAACCAACGCAUCUCAAAAAUCCUUGAACCCGCCAUGCUGGAACAUGAUCCCCUCGCUGGCUUAAUGGAGGAAACCAACUUUGUCGAUGACCACUGGCAGCGGUUCUUUUUCAAACGAAGAAAGAGUGUCACCACAAGCCGCCGAAAAUCGACAGACGACCACCCGCUCCUCAGCAGCAUCGCUAUGCAACUCGGUCUCUCUCCCAACGUCAUCACCCAACUGCUGUCGAGUACUUUUUACGUCUUUCAAUCGUACGAAAUCCAUCCCACCAUUCUUGUGCAAGCCAUGGCUCAAUUUUUACACACUCUCUCUUGUGAACUCUUUAACCAUAUCCUGUCCAAAAAGAAAUAUUUGUGUCGUUCCAAAGCCAUUCAAAUUCGCAUGAACAUGUCUGUACUCGAGGAAUGGAUUCGUUCCCCCACGCCAUCCAAGAGUCCUAGCCCACCUACCCUCUUCCCUUCCCACUUGCUGCUCUCCUAUUUGAAUCCUUCCAUUCAACUCGUUCAACUCUUGCAAUGCAUAUCUCAAUUAAACACCCUGGAGGAUUUUCAACAGUCCAUCAAGACCCUAUUUGAUACCAUCAACGAUGCACAGCUGAGACGCAUCAUUUUAAACUACCGGUACGAACUGAACGAGCCUAAAAUUCCAGAUGAAAUUGAACGCUUUAUUCAACAAAAUCGCAAAACAUCCACAGCAGCAGACAAAGAAGCAAAUCAAGAAGAAGAAGAAGAAGAAGAAGACACCCUCAUUAUGAAGGAAGAAAAAAUGAACGAAACAAAAGAUGCAAAGUUCAUGUUGCCCUUUUUUGUACCCACCACCGCACAAUUACAAUCUUUAGUGACAAACGAUACACUCUUGUUCCCUAUCAUUCCAGAAAAUUGGAUGGCAACCUUAGACAGAUCUGCUGCUGUUCAACCCACCACAGAGUAA